AUGGCCAUCCAAGAAAAGCAGCUUGAGCAACAGCUCGAGCAUCCCAACGUUACUCAUCCUACGAUGAUUACUACAGAUCUCCCUGGCGGCCCUCUUGACCUCCUCACAACCGUCUCAGCCCUCGCAACUCGCCGUUACGAUGCUAUCGAAACCAACAUGAGGGCAGCAAAGGCUGCUAAAGAAGACCAACACCGUGCUAUAGACGAACGCGUGAGGAAAGUCGCGGAGGAAAAGGCCGAAGAAUUCGCUAGACGUCACUUAAUCGAGAUUCCAGCCCACAAGAACGAAACCCAACAACGCAUCGCGGCCCGCCUUAGACACUGCCGGUCCCUUCGGGGGCAGUCCGACACGGAACUGGAGCGCAUCCUGGACAAGGAGUUGAACAGGGUGAGGCGGCAAGGGUACUGGUACGUGAAGGGCGAGACUGAGGCGGAGUGGUAUAAGCGGUACAGGUCGAUGGAGGCGUGGCUGGAUGAGCUUGCAGGGGAGCUGUUCCGCCGACGGUUGAUGGACAAGCUGCGCUAUGUCGACGGCUACCCCGUGAAUACCUUUGCCGUACAUCCACACCUCAUGCCCCCGAAGACGCCCGAGCGCUCGGGUCUGGGCAGAUGCCUCCGCUGCCGCGUCAAGCGGAUGCGGUGCUCACUGACCGUGUCCUCCGGCUACAGCUGGGACGCGGAGCCGGAGUGCUCGCGGUGUCGGCUCUGCGGCGAUCCGUGUAUCGUAAAGCCGUUCAAGCUGCCGAACGUAGAAUCGUCUUGGGGCUUUGCGGACCCGGAGAGGUGGCAGCGGAAGCAAGCUGUGGGUGAUGAUGAGCCGGAGGGCUCAGUGGACGAGAAGCAGUUAAUUCGCGAGUUGAUGGCGGAGAGAGAGAGAGGCCGUGGUAAGAUCCCUCUGCCGGCUUGGCAUGAGAAUGACAAGCAGGACAACUUGAUAGACUGGGAGUAUGAACCCACCCGGUGGUGGCAUGUGUUGAACGGUCAGCCUGCCAAAUGGCAUCGAACUGAUUUCGAAUUGGUUGCAUCAACAAAAUAG